CGUUAAUAUUUAUCAUUUUCAUUUGUUUUUGCACAUAUUUCCAUCAUGCAUAACUUACAUAUCCAGCCGUAUAUGUAAAUCCUUACAAUGAAAUUCCGACGCUAAUUUUUUUCGUUUGUUGAUUAAUGAAAGCUUUCUUAAACCAUAUAAAAUUAUAAUACAAAUUAUACGGUCGAGCAGUGAAUAAAAACAACUGUGUGUUAUAAAUUAAGAAAACUUAGGGGAAGAAGAAAGAGCGAUAUAAGAUAAAACGCAAAAUUUACAGUACUGUGGAAGUUGAAAAUAAGCGGGCAAAGUAAUCACACGAAAUAAGAGAAAAAUAUGACUUACUCAGCGUAAAGAAAUUUGAACAUUAUAUAUUGUCAUAUGGAAUACAAAAAAGCUUUCUGAUGUCGUUCCGACGGCAUAUCAUCACUUCGAUCAAUUUAUUUGGAAAGUAUUGUUCAAAAUAUUAGUGCGUCUUUGUCUUUGAUUACUUAAACCAACUGGGCUAUACACUAAUACUUUCACAUAUACAAGAAAAUAAAUGGAUGCAUAUACUUUGCCGCCAUAUUUCCCCCUCGCAUACUCCGAUUUACAAUUCCUAGCAUCGCGACGAGCAGCUGCAGCGGCUACAACCUCAUUACCACCGCCAUUGAGAGGAGAAGCAAAUGGAAAUAUUGCCGAGAGUAUUUCGGCUGCAAGCAAUGCAAAUAUGCCGCUGGUCGGUACUAACGGGCCGGUAGGAAUAAGUGCGAUUAAUCGUAACUCACUCAGUGCUCAAGACACCUCCUUUGUGGCUCCCGGCCCUCAUCAUCAUGCGGUACCUUUCCAUCAUCAUGUGGCGCACACAGGUCUUCAGGUGGCGGGCGGACCACCACAGCCAUCCUCUGCUCAAGCACAUGAUUUUCAUCCAGCUUAUCGGAUUCCAGCUGGCUAUAUUGAGCAUAUUUAUUCACUUCAGCGUUUAAGUCCAAGUUCUUCCUUUCAUGAUCCUUAUGCAAAUUGUGGGCCUGCUAUUCAUCUAACCGGACUGGGACUUAAUUCAGGCGAUUACCUAGCAGCUCGUGGCGUUGGGUCGCUGGGUGAAUUACAUCCGGCUGCAACUACGGCGGCUGUUGCAGCUAGCUCGCUAGCUAGUACGGAGUUUCAUUUUAGUAUUGAUAAUGCACGUUUAAAUAGUUCACGCCAAGGUACUAUGCGUACAAGCAUUAGUCGAAAGAGGGCACUCUCAUCGUCACCGUACUCCGACUCGUUUGACAUAAAUUCCAUGAUUCGUUUCUCGCCAAAUUCAUUAGCUAAUAUAAUGAAUGGUUCGCGAGCCAGCAGUGCAGCUAGUGGAUCUUACGGCCAUUUAUCGGCAGGAACAAUAAGUCCCAUUCACGAUUCGAUGGCGCCUCACUUGCAGCAGUUGCAGGCCCAUUUAUUGCGAGCAAGUGCUGGUCUUUUCCACCCUCUCUCUACACAUCAAACGGCCGCCGCUAACAUGCUAUCAUUGGGCCAUGUUCAUUCAUUGCAAACAGCAGUAGCAGCAGCUGCCUCGACAGCAGCGGUAACUGCAGCAGCUGUUAGUGCCGGUGGGGGACCACACGGAACAAUAUCUAACUGUAAUAUUCAAACAAUCAAUUGCCAACCAAACUCUGAUUCUGAUUGUAAUAUUAAUAAUUCGAAUCGCAUUACUAGUAAUAGCAAUAUGACAGCAAACAUUUCAAGUUCAACAAAGCAAAUGGCCUAUGACGACAUGUGUGCAGAAAGAAAAUCGGAACAGCCCUCAUCCACUUCUAAUGAUAUAACAUCUGUGGAAGCGGACAGUGCUUCUGCUAUGGUAGCGGCCAACAAACGAUACCGCAACGCUAGAAUUGCAUCAACGAAAACUCAUUUGACAACUGCAAAUGUUCAACAUUGUGCGAUUAGUACUCCAACAACAUAUAAUGAUUAUGAAUGCUCCACAGUAGAUACAACCGACAUAAAGGACGAACCUGGAGAUUUCAUUGAAACCAAUUGUCAUUGGCAAGAAUGCGAUGUAGAAUUUCAGACGCAAGAUGAGUUAGUCAAACACAUCAACAACGAUCACAUACAAUGCAACAAAAAAACAUUCAUCUGUCGAUGGGAAAAUUGUUCACGUGGCGAAAAGCCGUUCAAAGCCCAGUAUAUGCUAGUAGUUCACAUGCGCCGCCACACUGGUGAAAAGCCUCACAAAUGCACCUUUGAAGGUUGCUGUAAAGCGUAUUCACGUUUGGAGAAUCUGAAAACCCAUUUGCGAUCACAUACAGGUGAAAAGCCGUAUACAUGUGAAUAUCCGGGGUGUAGCAAAGCGUUUAGCAAUGCCAGUGACAGGGCCAAACAUCAAAAUCGCACCCACAGCAAUGAGAAGCCAUACAUUUGCAAAGCUCCCGGCUGUACAAAACGGUACACCGACCCUAGCUCACUACGUAAACAUGUUAAAACUGUGCAUGGAGCUGAAUUUUAUGCGAAUAAGAAGCAUAAAGGUUCAAUGCAUGAUACGGACAAUACUAAUGGAAGCAAUGGUACUAGUGGUGUGAAAAGUCACGGUGCAAGACAACGCCAUCAUCAAUUGGAUAUAAGUCCACGAAGCGAUGAGUUCCUUUCUGCCAAAAAUACUAGCAUGUCAAGCCCCAGUAUUAAAUCUGAAUCAGAUCCAAAUUCACCAUCUCAACUGUCAAUUCAUAGCCCAAUUCCUGUGGCUGGUCAACAAGCUCAUCAGCAUCUCAAGACUUUUAAAGCAAGCAAUAGCGGAAACCACAGACAAGGAAUGUGCGUUAAGGGCAGGUAUAGCAUAUCAGAAGACUAUAAUCCCGGACAAGCUGACGAUGUUUGGUCAUUUGAUGAUGAUUUAGACGCUGCCGAAUUGCCAAUUGUCUUGAGAGCUAUGGUUAGUAUUAGCACCAAUUCAAACGGGAAUUCAGCAUAUGGAAAUGCAACUGUCGCGGGAAAUACGAGCGCUAGCGGCUUAUCAUCAAUGCAACAACGGUUCCGUUCACGUCUGCAAGCUAAAGCAGUCAAUUUAAGUGCGUCCACCCUUUCAAAUAUACCGGAAACGAAUUCUAGCUUGGGUAUCGGCAUUGGAGAACUCAAUGAACGUAUAAACGAAUUAAAAAUGUAGUGU